AGUCUUGGUAGUAUCCGACCAGUGGCCUUGUUUUGUGGUAUUCGUUGACCGGGUUGUAUCGUCGGGAUCGCGCGUUUUUCGCUGAAAAUUCGUGAAAGUAGGCACCCGUGUUUUAUUGAAUCGAAGCAAGGGACGCAUACGGUUCGGAUAUUCUAUGUCUCGGUGAAGUUUCGAAUGCACGCGGGUUCAGAGGAAAGCGAGUGAACAGAGCUCCGGUAGAGGGGAGCAGGCAGUCUCGCCUGGUCGUAUAUGUAGCCCGCUCGGCAAAAUGAAAAUGGCGGUGUUCCCGUAUGAACGAAGCAACGGCCACUGACGAUGUUCGUCACGGUAACGGACACGUGAGUCGAAACAAGUGCGGGUUAUUCGCGCGUCUUCAGUGCCACUACUCGCAAGGACUACCAAGUGUUCAAUUCUAGGCGGGAACGAGUCGGUGCAGGCGCGAUAUAGGGAUAGCCGGAGUGCGAUCUUUUUUUUCUGUUUCGAGUCGAUCAGAGGGACAAACAAACACGAUGGAGUGACACCGCGAAGUGUUGACUCCGUGGACAAGUGGGAAGUGUCGGCUGAGAAAUUCGCGUGGUUGGAGGACGAAAAGUCUUCAUGCCGAUGCCGGCCGAAUACCACGAGAACCACGGUAACCACGAGAACGCUAAUUUCGCUCUCGGGGCCACACAGGACGCCAGCAACAUGACGGCCAACAUGUACCGGGUGGGAGACUACGUAUAUUUUGAAACAUCUUCCACAUCACCCUACCAGAUAAGAAGGAUAGAAGAAUUAAAUAAGACAGCAAGCGGUAAUGUGGAAGCGAAAGUUAUGUGCUUCUUCAGGCGGAGGGAUUUGCCAUCCACAUUAAUUAUGCUUGCAGACAAACAUCAAUUGGCAAGUGCGGAGCAGCAGAGAUCAGAAUCCCCUGCGAACAUGCAGAGUCAGAAACUGGAGAUUCCAGAUACUACUAAGGAAAUGACUAAUAAAGAUGGGAUCGGGCCCAAAGUGAUGAUCAAAGGGGGCGGGAAGGGGGGCUGGCUGAAAGCCCCACUAUCCGAGGCCCAAGAGCCUCAUGGGACUGAAGACAACGUGGUAGGUGCUGGAGGUGUUACAGAGUUAAGUUCUAAACAACGUCAUCAAAUGAAACACAGGGAGUUGUUUCUAUCUCGGCAGGUGGAAACCAUGCCUGCGACACACAUAAGGGGCAAAUGCUGUGUGACAUUGUUAAAUGAAACAGAAUCUUUAUUAAGUUAUUUGAACAAGGAAGAUUCCUUCUUCUAUUGCUUAGUAUUUGAUCCCGCACAGCGUACUUUGCUUGCUGACAAAGGUGAAAUUAGAGUAGGCAGUAAAUACCAAGCUGAUGGUAUAGCGCCAGCUCCACUCACCCCUGCUGAAAGGGAAUCGGAUCCUCGUAGAUCACAGGAUUUAGAAACUUUGGUUUGGACACCACGACAUUCGCUGACGGAUAGACAGAUAGACCAAUUCCUUGUCGUCAGUAGAUCUGUAGGCACAUUUGCAAGAGCCUUAGAUUGUUCUUCUUCAGUUAAACAACCCUCUUUACACAUGUCUGCGGCAGCUGCAUCAAGAGACAUUACACUUUUUCAUGCGAUGGAUACUUUGCAUCGGCAUAGUUACGAUGUCGCGAAGGCAAUGUCAUCUCUAGUGCCUAGUACUGGUCCAGUAUUAUGCAGAGAUGAGAUGGAAGAGUGGAGUGCAUCCGAAGCUAAUCUCUUCGAGGAAGCCCUUGACAAAUAUGGGAAGGAUUUCGCUGAUAUUCGUCAAGACUUUUUACCCUGGAAAACUCUAAAGAACGUCAUCGAGUAUUAUUACAUGUGGAAGACAACAGACAGAUACGUACAACAGAAGAGGGUAAAGGCUGUGGAAGCAGAAAGUAAACUGAAACAAGUUUAUAUACCAAAUUACAAUAAGACAACACCACCUACAACCGCACCUUCCGCGGCAACAAUAGUACCCCUUGGUAAUAGUAAUAGCAACACUAAUGGCAAACCAACUAGUGUUCUUAAUGGCAAUAGUAAUGGUAACAUGACAACUGAUAAUUCUGGUAUAUUAAUGGUCGGGGUUGGUGGUAAGCCCUGUGAAAGUUGUCAAGUUAUGCAGAGCCCGCAGUGGUACGCUUGGGGCCCAUCGCAUAUGCAAUGUCGACUGUGCCAAUCAUGUUGGACGUACUGGAAGAAGUAUGGCGGUCUCAAGGUUCCAUCACGUAUCGAUGACGUUGAUUUAGAAAGAAAAAGAGGUGGCGCAGGCUCGGACGAAGAGAGUAAAGGAAUCGGUGGCGCACAUCGACCUCAUCGAUGUAGUAUUCCUUCCUGUGGGAAAGAAUUCAAGCUCAAGGCGCAUCUAAGUCGCCAUUAUGCGAGUGCUCAUGGCGUUGAUUUACGCGGAAGCGGAGCAAGCGGAGGCGGCGGUGGUGGAUCUCCCAGGCCCGUAAUGAAAACACGUUCCGCAUUUUACUUACGUACUUCAGCGUUAGCACGGGCUGCACGAAGAUUGUGUGCAGCGCAAUUACGCACACGUCACGCAGCACGAGCACCCCAUCAACCUGUAAAUGCAGCACCGUUGCGGCAUCUUUGCGCUUCUCCCCAGUUGACAUCAAAAAGCCCGGCAGAAUUGCGUAUUUUAGCGCGAGCUGUACGUCCUCGGCCUCGUCCUCGUGUCACCGAUAUAGCAACGCGUUUAGGUGAUCAUCCUGCUCCUCGGCAACCCGGGGAUUGGGAUUGGUUAGCCCUUACGGCACCAGCACAACGAAAACAGCCCGAUCGAGUCUCCUUCCCCAGACCACCAAAGGCACCAGAUGGAAGCCUUUUAUAUGAAAGAGUACCAAAUAAGUCGGAGGUAGACAGGUUGCCAGUGACCCCACCACAACCGCAACCAACUAUGCCUACGCAACAACAAACCAUCCUGAAACGCACAAGACCUCCAUUUGAUGAAAUCAAUGGAUCAGAUGGCUUCUACUCUGACGUGGAUUGGGAUGAAGGUAUUGCCCUAAGUGCAGGGCUCCCUGGUGGACCACCUGCAAAAAGGGCUCACCAUUCACAGCAGCUACAUCCCAAGCAUACUUUGGAACACACUGCACCUCCUCCUGUUCUUCCACUAGCACCACCGCUCAAUGGAAGAGCUGCUCAUCCACAUACGUUGCCCCAUGGGCCGCCGCUGUCUAGAAGUAAUGCGCGUAAGCAAGUAAUUUCCUGGAUGGACGCACCUGACGACGUCUAUUUCCGCGCUUCGGAUCAGACCAAAAGACUUAGAAGAUCUCUAUCGUCCGUGGAACUUCGAAGAGCGGCACGCAAACCAUGGCGCAGACUGCCAGCCCCUUUGCAUCCUCCUCAUCCGCAAAGAGUAGUGCGCGGUGAUGAUAUGGUUGUCAUUUUGGACUGAAUUAAUAAUACAAUCAGUUAGACAAACCGACUGGACUGAACCGGUCGGUUUGUUACGAGGGAAUCACGCUGUUAUCGUAAUUUUAAUGCAAGAGUGACCACUGUGAAGAUAUCCCAGCUUUAUGUAAUUGUCAUUGGCAGCUCUGACGUUGAGCAAGGACUAAUCGCUGUUCGGAAUGUUCUGAAUUCAUGUUCGAGACAGCAAAUCGCCGAAACUGAAGGCCUCGCUUGACUGAAUUCGUAUGUUGCACUGACAUCGCUGAAAAAAUACCUUCACGUGUAACGGACGACGAUAAAAAAAAACGUUUAACUCCGGAAACGAACAUUCAUCGAAUCUUGAAAAGAAAUGAAAAUUGAAAAUAAGAAAUCAAGUCAUUCACCGUGAAACAUGAUUUUCUAUUCGUAUUAAUUAAUUAUUGUUGUUAUUAAUAAUAAUUAUUAAUAAUUGAAUGUACAUAUACAUACAUCAUACCACACAUUCAUACAUACAUAGCCGGGCAACACACACAUACACACACAAGUGUCCAACGAGUGCUGGACACGAGUUCUCGAUAAAUUGGCUCAUACCACGCGCAUCAGCUCACGAAGAAUGUUACGGCCGUGCGCGUAACAGAGACGAAUGUGAGAGUGUGAGAGCGUGAGAGACAGAGAGAAAGAUUGAAUGAAAUGCGAGAGAGAGAGAGAGAGAGAGUGAGAAAGAGAGGAAAGAAAGAACGGUUCUGAACGUACGGAAGUAAGAAAGAAUGCUCAUUGUGAAUAUUUUUAUUAAAUUUUCAAGUUUGAUGACUUCCGUCGCAACAAUUAAUAAAUAAACACAUAAGCAUAAGUGGAAGAAUAUACUAGUCCUUUUUCCACUCGAACCGGUUUCUGUUCAUAAUUAAUUAAUUACUUAUAGAAAAUAUAUAAAUUGUUAAAUUUACCCUUUGAAGGGGAAAAAUGAAGUGAUAUCCGUUCGUUUAGGUAUGAAAUAUUCCAAAUUUUUAUUAGUGUUAUACAUUUUUACAUUUUCGAAUCCUUAAGAAAAGACUGAAUAAAUUGUAGACAAUAACGUCAUCUCAUCUCAGCUCA